CCGGCGUGCCGUGUGCUCCGUUCGGAAUUUCGUUUGUUCGCAAGUUGUUCGCACGACGGACAGCGAGCUGAAGACAGCCGCGAGUUCGAGAGGGCAGAGUCAGGUGCUCGCUCAGAAGAAACGGACAGAAGAGCAAAAGCAGAGGAGAAGUCGAUCGUGUCGUGUUCGGUUUCUCUCUCUUCCCGACGUGUGUCAGCAACCGAUGUCACGCGGCGCCAUUUUUCACGCGUGACAACUACGUUCCUUUCGCCGGCUCCUCUCUUUAUCUCUCUUUCUCAGGACGAGAUCUCUCCGGACGAGCGCGCACUUGUCUCUCUCCGCUCCUUCCGUCUUCCUUCCGUCCAGUGCAGAUUGCGUCGGCCCCGUCGUGUAUGGUUCUGAUCGCUUGUUAACGCGGCGUGACGCGAUGACGACCGAGACGACCCCGAAGGUAGAGUUCGCCCUCGGCAGCGAGGUGUCACCCGGUCGCUUCUUCAAGAGCGCGUUCGCGCGCACCUUCACCAACGGCAACGCCGGCUGCCGCGACUGCAAGUCCUUGGAUUACGAGUUACUGCACGACGCCGCGGCCGCCGUCGCGGUCGUCAGCGAGGACCUCGGCAACAACAACAACAACAACAACGCACGCUUCUUCUCGCUCGCCGCGAGCUUCACCGACAAGCCGGCAAACGGCGCCGAGCGGGCCGCCUCUCGCCGAGAUUUGAAGGAGGCGGCGCAGUCGACUUCGGACGCGAAUGAAUUGGAGAAACUUCGAAAGCAAUGCCAGCUGCUGAAGAAGGAGAACCGGAGGCUGCAGAGCGCCUUCCUGCAAAACGGCUUCCUCCAAGCGCGGGUCGAUACGCUCCAAUGGCAGUUCAAACAGACAGAUAAAGACAAGCGAACAAUUGGAAGGAAACAGCAAUGUCAGGCAUCCAGAGAUAACCGUUCCGUUCGCUCGCAGGUCGAAUCGAAUCGGCAGAUGUACCGGUCCGUGAUGGAGCAGGUCGCCUACUUCUUGGACCGCGCCCACAAGAGCCUUGAGAUCCUUCACAUCAAGGACAAUCCCAAGGACAAGAGGCGCGUGCCGCGAAGUCGCAGCGUGCACGCGGUGGUGCACGCUGACCCCUCGCCGAGUCGCGUCUCGACCUCCUCACCAUCGCCAUCCGGCUCCUCGCGAUUCACGCGAGCCAAAUCGGUCACGCAGAUGUCGCCGAGCGUCAGCAGCAUCCGCGACUUCACCUGGUCGGUCUUGCGUAAGAACGACCCGGUGUAUUGCACGACCCCGCGCGCCAAGCCGUCGCAGGAUCUUAACAAGACGCACGACGACAUCGUCUAUCAGGAGCCGAAACAGUCGGAACUGAACCCGGACGAGAUACCACCGGAGAAGCUGUCCCAGGAAGCGUACAGGUUACUGAGGCUCGUCGAUUCCUUGCUGGCGACGCGAGAGCCCGAUUUGGCAAGGGUGACCCCGGUCGAGGACAACGGAUCCUCCCCUUCACCGACGGAGCGCCACCACUACCACGACGUGUCCGUCACCCUACAGAGCGGCAACUUCGUCAAUUCGACGACUCUGCAGGAAGCCGGUCACGUCGGCACUGAGCGCGGCAAUGAGUCGAACCUCGUCCAAACAGGCGACUCGGGCAGCUCGUGCUACGCCAAGACGGCGGUCGAGGUGAACGCGAGCUUACAAGCCACGAGCUUGCCGCGCACGAGAAGAUCCCCCGACACCACCUCCUGGAACUCCAGCAGCAGCAAGACCACCGAGGAGGAGGACACCGCGGCGCUCGCCGCGCCGUCCUCGAAGCAACUGGAGAAGAAGGAGUCGACUUGCAAAGCCAAGAGUCCGGUCAGCGUGAGCAGCGCCGAGAGCGAGAGCGGCUUCUCCUCGAUAAGCUCGUUCCAAGAGGUCGGCCUACCGUCGACCUCGUCGAUCAGGCCUAUCAAAGGCUGCCACACCGAGGUGGGCCUGCCCGAGGUGCCUUUGGACAAGACCAGGCACCGACGAUGGACCUCCACGCCGGCGGAGCUCCAGGCGCUCUACAAGCUGCUCUACAGCCAACACCGAGGGAGCUUCGGCGGCUCGCAAGCCACCAGCGAGUCUGUCAGCGUAUGCUGGGUCUGAGACGCGCGGGAUCCGCGCCGAAUAGCCUA